AUGCCUGACAAGAUUCUCGACGACAUUUCCCACCGCCGCUACAACCCGCUGACGGACAGUUGGCUGUUGGUCUCGCCUCACCGGACAAAGCGACCAUGGCAAGGCCAGCAGGAGGCUGCUGUUGAGGCAAAGCUACCCGAAUACGACCCGAAGUGCUAUCUCUGCCCGCGCAACACGCGUGCUUCUGGUGACCACAACCCCGACUACGAAAAGACGUUUGCCUUUGUCAACGACUACAGCGCCGUCAAGGAGCAGCAACCCGACUAUGAGCCCGAGCCUUCCUCCAAUGACCUUGGGUCCCUCCUCUUGCAGGCAAAGAGCGUCAAGGGCGUCUGCUAUGUCAUGACGUUUUCACCGAAGCACCACCUCACACUCGCCGACAUGCCCGGCUCCGACAUCCUGCCCUGCAUUGACCACUGGACGCGCAUUUACGCCAACCAUUUGGCCGCAUCGAACCCGCUCGCAGCCGUUGCCAGCAAGCUGCAGCUCUCCGUGUCACGCGACCAAGCCCCGAUCCCAACGGACGAGUACCGCUACAUGCAAAUCUUUGAGAACAAGGGCGCCGCUAUGGGCUGCUCCAACCCGCACCCGCACUGCCAGAUCUGGACCACGUCGACUAUGCCCGAGGAACCUGGCAAGGAGAUUGUGCAGAUGAGCAGGUACAGGAAGCAGCACGGCCGCCACCUCCUCGCCGACUACACCAAGCUCGAGCUCGAGAAGCAGGAGCGCAUCGUCUGGCAAAACGAGGGAUUCCUCGUCGUCUGCCCCUGGUGGGCCGUCUGGCCGUUCGAGGUCCUGGUGCUGCCCAAGCGCCACGUCCGCGCCCUGGUCGACUUCACCGCCGAGGAGCGUCUGCAGCUCGCCGAGACGAUCCAGGAGGUGACGCGCCGCUACGACAACCUGUUUGAGUGCAGCUUCCCGUACAGCUCCGGCAUUCACCAGGCGCCGCUGCAGGGCACCGUGGAGGAGGUUGAGAACUCGUACCUCCACAUGCACUUUUACCCACCGCUGCUGCGGUCUGCGACGGUACGCAAGUUUUUGGUUGGUUUUGAGUUAAUGGCGGAGCCUCAGCGCGACAUUACGCCCGAGCAAGCUGCCGCUCGUCUGCGCGACUGCGGCGGCGAGAUUUAUAGAAGUCGAAACAAGUGA